UACUUCAUGGACCCAGUGGCCGGUUUAGGCAACUAUAUAGUUUUUAACUCAACACAAAAGGCAAAACCCCUUGAAAUUUAAUGAAUUUAGGUAAUCAAUAAAGAGAGAAUGUUAAAGAGAUAAAUUGUGCGCAACAUCAAAGGCUUCGCGUUUAGCUGUGCCAAUAUGAACGUUUCAAUUACUGCUGAUAAAAUAUCAAAGAAAAAUGACCGUAGUUUUAAUAGUUUUCACUUUUUGAUGUAAAAAAAGUUUGAAUAGUUUUAAUAAACGUUCAAUAAUUUACAAAUGGCCUACAAUGCAAAAUCUAUCUUGUUAGGUUUUGAGGAUGAAUAUAUAACGGAUAAAAACAAAGCGGCUGUGAAUUUUACUACAAACAAAAUUGGUGGAAAGCCAGAUUGGCCCUACAAAAAUAUCGACAACCCGACAUGUAGCCUUUGUCAGCUAUCCAGCCCACUUGUCCUGCAAAUAUAUGCACCACUAGAAAAUUCGCCAUACAAUCGUACCUUGUACUUAUUUGCUUGCAUUAAUCCGAACUGCUGGAAUCAGGGGGAAAGUUGGACAUGCCUACGACUUCAAACAUUGGAGCAGGAAACGGACAAGAUUCCCAUACCUACAGUAACACAAACUGUCGACACGAAUGAUUGGUGCCAAGGAGCAGAUGAUUGGGACGAGGAUAACAAUGCCAUCGAAGAGAAUGGAAAUUUGAUUGUAGGAGGGGAACGAAUUUCCGAUGAAGAUGAUGAAAGUUGUAGUAUGGAGGAAUCACUUCGCUCUGGGCUGGGAAAUUUAAUGGUCGACGAUCGAAAUGCCAAUAUGGGGAAUUUCGUAGAGGCUCAAGGUGGCGCCGUAGGACGAUUGCAUUCACCUAGGGCCACCGCGGAAAUAGAAGGAGAUGAAGGGGAAAUCAUUAGCAUAGAUACACCUACCUUUCCACAAGUUGAUUUAGCAGCUCUUCUUCAAGAAGUUACGCCUUUACCGCAGGACAUUCGCCAUAACACCUCCAAUUUAAAAAUAUUUCCUACUUUACAAUUUGUUCCAUGUUUUAUGUCUGUGUGGGAAGAAUCCGAAAGCACAACCAGUACCUCUGAUCAUCAUGUUAAAGAAUUGUUAUUAGAGUACCAACAAAAAAAUGACGCCGUUUCUUUGGGAGACGUUGCACCUCACGAAUGCGGACCGUCAGUCGAUGAGAACUACGAAAAAAGCACGCCCGCGCACGGUGAUAAAAUGUUUCAUUAUUUUUUAACGAAGAUACAGAAAAACCCCGGCCAGAUAUUAAGGUACAGUCGAGAUGGUCCGCCUCCUUUGCUGCUUGCACCUUUCACUGAUCGAGUAAGAAAAUGUGAAUAUUGUGACGGCGAAAUGAUUUUUGAAUUCCAAAUACUUCCAACACUAAUUCCGAAAUUGAGACUAGUAGGUGACGCUAAAGAUAGUAACCGGUUAGAAUUUGGAACUGUGUUAAUAUUUUCUUGUCGAAAAAGUUGUUGGGAUACAGAUGCAAUUACUCGUAAAGAAUUAGUUUUUCUACAGAACGAAAAAUAUUAAACGAUUGUUGUCUGCCAUUUUUAGAAACUAUUACCAUAAAGCACAUAGGUUUUUUGCACUUACCUACUUAUAUUUAUGAAAUGUAGAACUUAUCCAUCUAAUAAACUUUAUGAUAGGUAGUGAUCUUCUUUUC